CAGACACUAGUCAUAGUCACGCAGAGCUGUGAAGAUGGCAAGUGUUGUGAGAUGCAGGUUUCUAUUGAUCAGUAUCUGUUUAAGAAGUACUUCGUGGGCAGACUCAAUGCCGCAAGUCACAUCUUUAAUUGGAGCUGUUGGGAAUGAGAUCAUCAUCCAGUGUGCUGCUGAUAAAACACCUCAAGACGGGGUGUACCUGUACAAACAAGCAGGAGCAAGUAAAAAUAAGGAGGAAGUCUUCUACUAUUACAAAGAUGGAACUUUAAGACCAAAAUCAGAAUGGUGUAGGGACAACGUCAAAGUAACUGGAACAUUUCCCAACUUAAAUGUCACCAUACUGAAUCUAAAAGCUACAGACACUGGGUUUUACUGGUGUGAAUUUAAUUUGGAAGACACAAUAUCAGUCGGCACAGUCACAUGGUUAUGGAUAGAAGAAUCAGUAGAUAAAAAAACAAAUAUAACAGGAAAAAUAGUAACAAAUGUAGAAGCAGACGGAGAAGAUGAUAAAAAAGUGUGCUCAGGAGAUCUUCAUCAUCAUGAGAAGAUCUUUCUCAUUGUGUGUGCUGUCAUGCUGCCGCUGCUUUGCAUCACUGGUUUCAUCUUUGUGAUUCUGAAGGUGAAGGGGCGUCGGAGGAACAAGAAAUACAGACCAUCAAAUCCACCCUCAGACUCAGUUUACGAAGAGAUGAAACGGAGCAAUCUGGACGGUCAGCCCAGUGUACAGACGUUCAUCAACCCUGACUAUCAAUCCACCAAGUUCCUUCGCUAAAUAUCUGUGAUAUAAAGUUUAUCUCUUAUUAUUUUGAAUGGCAAAGCUCUCAAGUGAUUUAUUGCUUCUUAUUUGAGUUUCUCAUUUUAAUUUUUUUUUAAGAGAGAGAAACAUAAUCUACCUGAUCUAAUGAUGAAAACAUAACUGUGGGAACUUUUUCAAAAGACAUGAAAUACAUACCAAUAAGUACAUAUCAGUGCUGUUUCUAACAGAAAUGAGUAAAACAGUAAAACAGUGAGCACUUGUAAUAGUUUUCUUACACAGUUUCAAUUGCAGCUCCAUAUGUUUCGCUAUAGUUAUAUUUAAGAUGCUGUACAUCAGGACCAAUUUAAAAGUUUAAGUGUAAAGAAUAAAAAAGAUGUAGCAGUUUAAGAGAUAUUGUCAGCUGAUGGACAACUGAAAUGUCAAAGAGCUCAUUUGUGGUCUGGUGUGCACACACCUGCAAGCUACUUUCAGUCUGACAAAUAGUCCAACAGUGAACUGACUGAUUGAAUUAAAGUACAGAGUCAUAUCACUCCUCUGUUCAUAAUAAAGGCAAUCAAAGUUAUUUUGACUCAUUAUAAAAUUUUUAACUAAAUAUUGCAAAAAAUAGUAGACUACUUGAAUACACAGUUUGUUUUUUACUCUCUGAUGUUCAUCUCUAAACUUGGUCACCACUCUUAACCAAACAUCUUCCUUUGCAGUUGUGGUCAUGUCUUCCUUUCUAUAACCUUAGAAUACAACAAAACAAGUCACACUGACAUGUUUCUAGCGCUGACUAACAAUGAUGUAGUUUAAAAAGUAUGCUGUGUGUGCAGAUAGGGCUUUUAUGUAUUUAAA